AUGGGUUCAGAUUGGACUGUUGAUCCAGAAACAAGAAGAAAACUAUUAGGUCUCCAAAAAACCGGUGCAAACAAGAGAUGCUUCGACUGUAAUGCUCCAAAUCCUCAGUGGGCAUCUCCAAAAUUUGGUAUCUUUAUAUGUCUUGAAUGUGCUGGUGUUCAUCGUGGGUUAGGUGUUCAUAUUUCAUUCGUUAGAUCAAUCACUAUGGAUCAGUUCAAACCUGAAGAAGUUCAAAGAAUGGAACAUGGUGGUAAUGAAAAAUGUGCUGAAUACUUAGAAUCAAAUGGAAUUGAUUUAAAAUCUGAAGCUAAAGUGAAAUAUGAUAAUCCAGUUGCAGAAGAUUACAAAGAAAAAUUGACUGCUGAAAUAGAAGGUAAACCAUUCACUCCUAGAGAUUAUUCUAAAUUAGCUAAACCUGCAACUACCACUACAUCAAACACAGCUAAUAACACUAGUAGUAAUAAUACUCCAUUAGCUUCAAGAAGAGGAACACCAACAUUACCAGGCAAUCAAAAGGCCAAAAAUGAAUCAUAUUUUGCUGAAUUGGGUGCUAAAAAUGAUUCAAGACCUGCUGACUUGGCUCCAAGUCAAGGUGGUAAAUAUGCUGGUUUUGGUAAUACUCCACAACCUCAACAAUCUCAACAAGGUGGUUCAUUAUCAUCAUUUACACUAGACAACUUCCAAAAAGAUCCAUUGGGUACUUUCACCAAAGGCUGGGGUUUAUUUUCUAAUUCUGUUUCAAAAUCUCUAGAAGAAGUUCAUGAAUCUGUCAUAAAACCUGGUGUUCAACAAAUAAAUGAACGUGAUUUUGGACAUGAAGCUAAAAGGGCUGCUGCGCAAUUUGGACAAAGAUUCCAAGAAACAAGUGCUUAUGGUUAUGAUGCGUUCAACAAAUUGAAUAAAAACCUUGCUGGUCAACAACAAGAUGGGGGUGGUAAGUAUGGUAAAUUGUUUGAUGAUUUAGGUGCAAAUGAUGAAGAUGAAGGUAUUAAACCAGCUUUUGGUAUUGAUCGUCCUAAACAAAAGACUAAAUUACAAGGAUUGUCUAACAAGAAUUGGGCUAAAGAAGAAGAAAAAUGGGAUAACUUUUAG